CGACAAAUAAAGGAAGAUCAUCCUUCGAAAUCAAUGGUGCGUGCACGAGGUCGCGGCCGUGGGCAACCAAUGGGUAACGAACCCCCCCGACGAGAGCAGCACCUUGACGACGUGGAGGUGAUAACAGAUCUACAGCGGCAGAACGAGGUUAUGCGGCAGCAGAUCACGGAACUCACAUGGCGCCUGGCGGUGCGAGAUUUGGAGGAUCAUGAGGAGUCAGAUCACGGCUCCCGAUCAUCGCUCGAGAACCCGUAUCAUCGCGAACCUCGCGGGCGUGAUUUUCGCAUCAGUGAUGACUAUCGCGGAGGGCUAGGGUUUAAGGUGGAAAUCCCUAGUUUUUCAAGAACCCUGCAGGCCGAUGAUUUCAUUGACUGGCUGAACGAGGUGGAUCGGAUCUUUGAGUAUAAGGACGUUCCUAACCAUGACAAAGUGAAGCUCGUGGCAAUUAAACUCCAUGGACGAGCCUCUGCAUGGUGGGAACAGAUGCGGCGAUCUCUUGAGAAGCAGCAGAACAGGAAGCCGGUGACCAACAACCGUCCGGCUCGACCCCAAGAGCCUCGUCUGACAACACAGGGAGUCCAAGGGACGCAGGGAGCUUCGAGUAGUACGAUUAAGUGCUAUCGUUGUGGUGAACCUGGACAUAGGGCGAAUGAAUGCAAGAAACCCGCUUUACAGAGGAGUAAGAGCCUGUUCGUGGAGGAGAAUAUCGUUGUCGACGAUGAUGAAGUUGAAGAGUCUGGACGAGUCUAUGAUGACUAUGUAGAAGAUGAUGUUCUUUACGGGGAUGGUCGAGAGAAUUUGGUUGUGCGCAAGAGUCUUCUGGCCCCAAAGGAUGAUUCUAAAGACGACUGGUUGAGGACAAACAUCUUUCACACAACCUGCACCAUUGAAGGAAAAAACCCAUCCGGGGUGCUGGACUUGGCCCCAAUUCCACGAGUGGGUUGCGGUCAUCCUAGAGCCGAAGAGAUGACAGAGAACCUGAGGAGCAUACAUGAUCAGGUGAGACGUAAGAUUGAAGAAAGCAACAACAAGUACAAGGCACGAGUGGACAAACAUCGACGUCAAGUUCUGUUUGAUGUUGGAGACUUUGUUUGGACUGUGUUGACAAAGGAUCGAUUCCCUGUUGGCGAGAGUGAUCUGCGGAUUCGUACCUUGGGGGGGACGCGACGGCCCUGCAGCGUUAAGUGCGCCAGCCAAGUUGACAGGGCCAUGGUGCUGACCAGCUGGGACUGGAAAGGUGAUGGCUGCGGCAUCGGUGUCUGGAAUGGCGUCACUGCCAUUGGAGCCUCAGAAGGGACGGGGGUCGUGAAUGGGCUGAUCACGCUAGGCGUUGGGAUGCAGCUCAGACCCAAAGGCAACACCGAGGCUGAAAUGACCGGUAGGGUAGCAGCCACAGGGAUGCUGGUACCCUCAUUGGUGGCUUGCACCUGAGUGGAAAUAGCGUUGAUCUGUUGGCUUGAAGACAUUUUGAGUGGUGUUUUUGUGGGUAGGUUGGUGUUUAGAAGAUUAGAAACCUUAACGGUCCCACGGGUGGCGCCAAAAAUGAUGGUGUAAAUUACUUGACCGGUCAAACUAUACUAGACCGGGUCUAGGAUAGUUUGCUUGAUUUGGUAAAGUAAGAAAGGUAAAAACAUGCAGAUUGACCGGUAGGACUUUAGGUGGAACACCUGUAGCCCAAUUUAUAUUAUAACGGAGAAUGCACGGGUGCUUUUACAAGGGAGUUUAGAGAGAAUGAAUUCGGAUCCCCUUC